AUGCCACGAGAACUCAGUGAAGACCUUAGAUGGAGAGUUGUUUAUUUAGAUGCGAAAGGUUAUAAUAAGAAAGCUAUCUCCACAAUCUUUUAUAUAAGCGAAGCUUCCAUUUAUCAGAUACUAUCUAUCUUUAGAAAAUGGGGAUGUGUUAAAAAUCCCUUUAAAGGCCAACCUGGCUGUAAAAAAAAAUUUACGCGUCAGGAAUUAAAAAUGUUAAAGCGGCUUGUUAAUGAAAAGGUAGAUUGGUACCUUGACGAACUCCUAAUAGAAAUGGAAAUGCGUACAAACAAGCGGCUUUCCAUAUCAUCUUUGUGGCGAUCAUUGAAAUACUGUGGUAUUUCUCGUAAGAAGGGUGGAUAUAACCAGAAUGAAAGUUGGGUUUGCAGAAAAGACAAAGUUAAUUCCUAA